AACCCCAAACUUGUACGAUUAUACGGAUGAGCAUCACCCAUCCCAAUCUUUUUACAUGUCUUCGGAUAUACAUACAAAAUAUACAUUCAAGUUGAGCAUCUUGAAAGCCAAAAUCUUGAAAUAUUUCUAGUUCCAAACUGGUAAUAUGAAGCUUCAAGGUAUGAUUUUUAGAUUUGGGUUUUCUUUGAUAAAGUUUGUAUAUUUAUGAUACAUUUCACGGUGAUUAAUUUUAAUUGUGUCACCCUUUUGGUGGAAUUAUAAUUAGAGCUUCAGUUAGUGUUUAGGGGAUAUGAUUAAGCAGUUAAUUAGUAAGCUUCCUAAGAAGACAUCGAAUAAGUCUUCGAACAAUGACCCUGAAACUGCAUUUUCAUCUAUGAAUACAAUCAACUCAGCUGGUGCUGAUAAUAGUUCUAAGGGUGGUUCGUUAUCUGGGAAAGGUUCGAUUAUUAGUAAUGGUAAUCAUGGUCCACAAUCGUCGAGUGUUACUCUUAAGUCGAAUCAAGGGAUGCAGUCGGGUUCUGUGGCUGCCCGAGCUGGCCAGGGGAUUAGUUAUGCUGCUUAUGAGGCUUUGCCUGGCUUUCGGGAGGUUCCUAGCUCUGAAAAGCACAGCCUUUUUAUCAAGAAGUUGAAUAUGUGUUCUGUGUUGUUUGAUUUUAAUGAUGCUUCGAAGAAUCUCAAAGAGAAGGAUAUAAAGCGACAGACUUUGCUUGAACUUGUCGACUACAUAUCGUCUGUAACUUCCAAGUUUAAUGAGGUCACAAUGCAGGAGAUCACGAAAAUGAUAGCUGCAAAUCUUUUUCGAGCCUUGCCAUCCAAUCAUGAUGACAGACUACCAGAUGUGUAUGACCCAGAGGAUGAUGAACCGACUAUGGAGCCGUCAUGGCCUCAUCUACAGGUUGUGUAUGAGUUUCUCUUGAGAUUUGUGGCUUCUUCUGGGACAGAUGCAAAGCUCGGAAAAAGAUACAUUGAUCAUUCCUUUGUGUUGCGAUUACUUGAUCUCUUUGAUACGGAUGAUCAACGAGAGAGGGAGUAUUUGAAGACAAUUCUCCAUCGUAUAUAUGGGAAGUUUAUGGUGCACCGCCCAUUCAUUAGAAAAGCCAUCAACAAUAUCUUUUACACUUUUAUAUUUGAGACUGGUCGGCACAAUGGGAUUGCUGAGUUGCUUGAAAUUUUGGGUAGUAUAAUUAAUGGGUUUGCUUUACCUCUAAAAGAGGAACACAAACUUUUUCUUGUCCGUGUACUCAUCCCCCUUCACAAACCUGGAAGUUUGUCAAUGUAUCACCAACAACUAUCGUAUUGUAUAACCCAAUUUGUGGAGAAGGACGCUAAGCUGGCUGACACAGUAAUUCGAGGUCUGUUGAAUUGUUGGCCAAUAACAAAUAGCUCAAAAGAAGUCAUGUUUCUUGGUGAGUUGGAGGAAGUUUUGGAAGCCACCCAGACUGCAGAAUUCCAAAAGUGCAUGGUCCUUCUGUUCCGUCAGAUAGGUCGCUGUCUCAACAGCUCACACUUCCAGGUAGCUGAACGUGCAUUGUUUUUAUGGAAUAACGAUCAUAUAAGGAGUAUGAUAACACAGAAUCGCAAGGUCAUACUGCCCAUUAUCUUCCCAGCCUUGGAGAAUAACACUAGGAUUCACUGGAACCAAGCGGUUCAUAGUUUGACGCUGAAUGUGAGAAAAAUAUUUAUAGACGCAGAUCAAGCACUUUUCGAAGAGUGCCUAGCUAAGUUUCAAGAAGAUGAAACGAAAGAAGAAGAAAGACUUGAGAUGCGGGAAUUAAUCUGGAAACGCUUAGAAGAUAUAGCAGCGUCCAAGGCUGCAAGCAAUGGGGCGGUGCUUGUCUCAAACUUUUCUUCUUCUCUUGCCAUAGCUACUAGCGCAAAUUCACCUAAGAUCACCAGUAGUUAAAGAUGCACUCUCAUGAAAAUUUGAGGAACAAACAUCAUUAGUUUAUUAGUGUAACCAAAAUAGGGGGUCUGCAAGGGAGGGAGAAUAGGAGAUGCUAAGGUCCACAGACUCCACACGUUAGUUGGCAAGCUUAAAUUAUGAGGCUACCCCUGCAAUUUGCUUUUUGCUUGGGUUCUUGGCUUUUUCCUUUUUGUCGUAUCAGCCAUGAAUCUUUGUAUGAAAAGAAAACUGGUUCAACCAGGAAAGCGGAAAUCAAAUUUUUUUAUGUUUCAGCGUCA